UCGGACGCACAGCACAUUGCAAAAGCACACUGAGGCAGAGCAGGACGUCAGACACACAUGGAUACUGAAUGGAUUACUUUAAUAAACAGAUGUGAACUACAACACAGAAAGGCUGAUAUAAAGGAAUUACAAACAUCUUGCAGAACUUCUUUGGGACACUGACCAAGAAAGAGUGACCGGGCUUUUUUUUUCUUUUUCCCCCACAGACAGAUUUAUUCAUAUCAUAUCAGCCAGCUGAUAGCACCCUCAAUGGAAAAAACAUACAUUGACAAUAGAGCUGUGAAUUUUUGUGGGUGAAUUGUGGCUUCUUGUACCCCUACCGCAACAGUGAAGUGGAGAAUAACAAAACAGAGCAGGAGAAAAGCACACACAUGAGUAAGCCUGCCAUGCACUGACAACAAGGAAUGGAAAGCAUCAGUGCGGAAACACACUGGGAUGGCUUAGAGCUCUCCUCCCUGGGCUCCAGUCGAAGAAACAACUUCUCCUCCUUGUUUGUGUCGGAACUGAACUCGCUGAACACUUCUCGCAUUGGGGGGUCCCUGUUAGGGCUCUUACCUGAGAAUGGCUCAAGCCCUACACCCAACACCCAACCCCAGCCCAGGGUGAGGGAUGUCAGUCUGGCGCGGGCUGAGAUCACCGUUCUGGCGGUGGUGCUGGCUCUCACCACGCUGGGCAACGGCUUUGUGUUAUGGGUGCUGCUGAGGAGAAGGAAACACAAUGCGCCGAUGCACCUGUUCAUGGUCAACUUGUGCGUUGCGGACCUGGUGGUGGCUCUCUUUCAGGUUCUUCCUCAGCUAAUAUGGGACAUCACGGAGAGGUUUCAGGGGCCAGACUUUCUCUGUCGGUCCAUAAAGUAUUUACAGAUCGUGGGGAUGUUUGCCUCCUCCUAUAUGAUCGUUGCCAUGACAGUCGACCGGCACCAUGCCAUCUGCUGCCCUUUGCAGGCCUACCGUGUUGGGGCAAUGUCCCGCUGGAACACCCCAGUCAUUGUGGCCUGGGGCUUGGCAUUACUCCUUAGCAUACCGCAGGUUUUCAUAUUUUCUCGCUCAGAAGUGGCUCCCGGAGUGUUUGAGUGCUGGGGUCACUUUGCAGAGCCAUGGGGACUGAAGGCCUACGUCACCUGGAUGACUGUGGCUGUGUUCUUGCUGCCCGCCAUGAUCAUUACCAUCUGCCAGAUAAGAAUCUUUCGUGAGAUUCACAAUAACAUCUACCUGAAGUCAGAGAGGAUGGUGAUGGCUGAGUUGAAGAAGAGUGAAAUCCUAUUUCGUUUCCACACCUUUAAGAAGGUUGAUGAGGGGACCAGGGAGAGGGGGAGGCAGGCACCCAGAGGAGGGGGCAGGGAUGGGAGAGGACAGCUUUUAAAAGCUGCGAGUAACUGCUCGCACAAUAACAUACCCAACGCCCAAGCUGGAGAGUGUUACGACUACACACCAUCCGCUAUUCAGUAUAGUAACUGCCAUGGGGAUCACAUGACAACAACAACAACAACAACAACAUCACCAGGGCAGCAGCCGACACUGAAUAGCUCAGAUUUCCAUGAGUCCUGCAAUAACUCGCCCCGCUGUUCCCUUGAUUUUGCCCACCCUCAGCCUCCUGCUGCUCCACCUCCCAGCAUUACAAAAGCCAUGUCCAAGACUGUGAGAAUGACCCUGGUCAUAGUGUUGGUUUAUACAAUUUGCUGGUCACCUUUCUUCAUCGUACAACUGUGGGCAGCUUGGGACCCCAACCCUCCAGACCAAGGAGUGGCCUUCACCAUCCUGAUGCUGCUGGCCAGCCUGAACUCCUGCACCAACCCGUGGAUCUACACGGCCUUCUCCAGCAGCGUGUCCAGAGAACUCCAAAACCUGCUGCACUGUCGGUCAGGACUGGGCCGGCGGGGUUCCCUGCCCGAUGACUCCACCACCACGCACACCUCCACCGCCAAGGACAACCUUUACUGACUCGGGCAGAUGAGACGGCAGCAUCCAGACUGAGGUGCGCUCGACAGUACAGGCGUGGGCUGCGCACGCACCUACUGCAAGGACACACUGCUGCACACAAAUCUCCCGCCCGCCAUCUGCAUCAUCCCAGCCCGAGAACAGCCUGACCUCCGCCAGAUGUUUGCAGCGACUGAGGACAGCCGUGCUGUCAGCGGGACAUCCGUCUGUAAUCAGAUGUCCGCUCCACCCCAGCAGUAAGGAGCUUUUGGCAGCCAGGAUGUCAUCACCAUUCGCAGUCAAGCUCUCCAGCGCAUGUCAAAUGCAAAAUGACCUGGAAAGUAAAGAGAUUUUCACCUGAGUAGCUUUUCAGUUGGAUCUUGUGCAGUGAUUCGUGAUUUCGGGAAAAAAAAAAGAAAAGAAAAAAGAAAAAAAACAAACCUCUGGCUUCACUCAGACAUAGCAGAGCACCAGGAAUGCGAAGGGUAGAUUUCUGCGUUAAUGGCCUCAUGGCAAGCCUUAAUGUACAAAGCAGCAGACAAAGUUAGAAGCGUUGAGAAAACAUCAAGAGAGGACGGGACAGCUGUCGAGCUGAAAACAGACGGGGGAUACCAUGAAUGUUACAGCUGCUGGAACAGUCAUGAGAAAGCUUUCAGUGCGAUCUAAUAAUGUGAACAACUUUAUCAUUUAAAAAAUAAUGGAUUAAAAACAGAUGCUUGAAAGCUGAAAUCAUUCUCACUUCAGUCUGAAGGAAGGCAUGAUUCAGGGAGGACAUGGAACUCUAAGGAUUAUCACACAGGACGAAGGGGAGGGAGGAAAAUAUGGAAGACUGCAGAUGAACAAACGUUUGUGGAAGCAAAACGUGCGAGAUGGGAGCGUGAAAACACAAACAUUGUGCGGAGGACACAGGAAGGAAACAUUCCAUGUGCAGUGCAAACGAUGUAUAAUAUAUUUAUUAAGGAUGCCUGGCACAUUAGAUAUUAUGACAACCUAUGUAAACGCUGAAUGUAAUUGUGAUGGUCGGGUGUUCAGGAGAAACGGGAGACAGUCCCUCCAAAGAUUUAAACAGGUCUCACGCAGGUCUUAACGGUAAGGUUGUUCCAGUGCUUAAGCAAAUGGCGAGCAUACUCGGAAGAUAGCUUCACAUUAACAGUGAAAAAAUCCCAAGUCGAGACUAAGUGCCUGAGCUGUCAUGAUGUUGUUAGAGGGGCCUCUCAGAGGGUUAAUCUUCAAAUGAUGUCAGCCAAGUUAUUCUUCAGCAGAGCUACCAUCAGCGCAGGGAUCAUAAGAUAUGUUAUAUCACACCAUGACCCCCACCCCCCGGAAACUCAUCUGUUGUUAUUGAACUGAAAAGACCAGAAACACCCUCAUAGAUUUUUAUAUUUCAGCUCCUGUAACUGCCUUUCUGAUACAGUUUUUACACUGUUUUCAACUAUGUACAGGAUUAGUUAUCAGGCCACUCUGCUGCAUGACACUCUUGAUGUUGAGACUUUUUUCCCCCCAAGGCAUUAGCUACUGUUCAUGAAAACAAUGUCUUUCAGAUCAGAGAAGGGUUUACUGCGCCUGGUCAAACUCCUCAUUUAAGAUAAGAUGUCCCCGAAAAUAAGCGUCUUCUUUCAUGCUGUCCACUCACAAUCCACCAGCUCUGAACGUCAGAGAACAGUGUUAUGUGAGUCUGAAGGACAAUAAUGGGAUGCUUUCAAGGUGUCUCAGGAGUAUGCGCCUGGGUCGAAGGAGCAGCCUCACCUUUUCCUCUGAGCGCCCAAAGUGUUUGGGCGUCCAGCACGCCACUGAGCAUUCGCUCCCCAGACACAAGCUCCCCACUUUGAUUCCCUGCCAAGCAAAAGGCCACAGCAACAACAUCCCCUCUUUCACUUUGUUAUACCAGGAAAUAGAUGAACUUCUCCUAAACCUUUGGAGUAUUCAUGUAUUUUUCCUUUCCCCGUCAGGAAGUUGAGAGGUCAGAGGACGAUUCAUCUGCAGCGAAAGGGGCCAGACUUCAGAUCCAUCCAGCUAUUCAGAUUUAGAGGAGAGGCAACGGCCGCCUGACAUGUGCAUCAUGCUCUCUGUGCAGCUAGCUGUGAGCUUUAAAAAAAUGCUUGAUAAUGAAUCCAGCAGAUAACGAAUUUGGUGGCACAAAGGCAGCUGAAUAUCCACUAAAAAUAGAAGCACCAUUGCAGUGCAGUGAUGCUCUGUUUGACUCCGCCCUGCUUCCCAAGGGUAAAGAUUUUACAGUUGCUGCUAUAACUGCAACCACCAUUAUUCCAUACUGAAACACGGUCGACGCCUAAACACAAGGUCAUCUCUUCAUUACGGUGGGGUAACAUUUCCUGUCAGGCCCGCGGCUGCACAGAGGUAUGAAAGAAACAAAUGGCCCCCGCAUUUUAGCUGUCAAAGAUGGGAAAGUAGGGCAUCUUGCAUCUUUAGAUCAGUUUAAGGUCAGCCAAGGAGUACAACCAGUGGCACUGAGGAAUGACCGAAUCCUCUGGCCCUGACCACAGUUAGUGUAAAUCAGGCAUGGAGCCAGGAGCCUUCGUAUGAUGAGCAAUAGGUCUCAGACGCUUAACUCAAAAUUGCUCCACGAACUUGACGAUUUCUGAAGAAAGCGCUGAGCUCAUUCCAAAACGCAUGGAAGCAACUUUCAGAACCAGCUUCGGUUAAUGUGCCGGAAACAUCACUGACCCAGUCUUCAUAAUGUUAAUUCAAUUCAUUUUCUGCGUCCACUCUUCUAUCCUGUAAAGUGUUUAAAAUCCCCUGCGGGAUUUGUUCUGUAUAUUACAGCAAAUGUCUUAUUAUGAACCAACACAAGCACCCACCUCAUACUUUGUAGAAUACAAAUUUACUGAUUAAAAAGAGCUUUUUAUCCGAAGGCCACUUUGGGUCAAGGUUAGCUUUUAUCACUCUCCACCACCUUGUUUUCAUUACUUGAAGCAUGGUUAUUUUUACGCCUUAACAUGCCCCGGCAAUUUCUUUUCUUCACAGUAAAAACAGGCAUGUGCACUUGGUCUGAUAAAACCUAUUUUAUGGGAGCUCAUUCAACAUGCUUUCACAGGAUUUACGGGCUGAUAAAUGGUUUGUUGUAAUGCGUCUGCUCAUGUUUAACCUACAGUUUUUCACGGCUGCUGCCAAGCACAGGCGUCCAUGUCAGGGACAUAGACAUGCUCCUUGGUGACCUAUCGUGAAACGAGAGGCUAAAACGAAGGAAAUAGACAUCAAGAGAAAAUAUUGGGUAGAUUAGUGGAUGCACGGACGGCAACAGAAGACCGAGAUAAUUGAUGUAAAAGCAAAUAGGCUUAGAUCUAAGUUUAUUUUCUGUAUCAGCUGAAGGAGCCACACAUCUAACAUGCCUCACGUGCCUCGUCCAUGAAACAACCAGAAAUGUAACUGUUGUUUCAGAGAAGGAAGUGGAAGCAGGUGUAGAGAGAAAGACUUAUUCUUGAUGAUUAGGUUAGCGCAUGGAAUAAUGAGCAGGAAAAACAAUGCUUUUGACGGACUGUAGACAGAAAAGUGUGACUCCAUGCGAGAAACAUUUGUGAGACGCCAGUUUCCACAUUGCUGAACCCCACUAAGCCCACCAGCUUCCACAUUGCUGAACCCCGCUAAGCCCAUCAGCGUCUGCCCCCGGAGUGGGUGUUUUUUACACCUCUGUCAGAGUGGCUUUUCUCUGCCUCACGGCACACAGCCCUCUCCUUGGUUCCUUUUUAUUUGUCUUAUAUCAUUACCAAACUCAAAUAUGGAAACAAACAGCUCUAUGUCAUUUUUGUUCAAAUCAGGCAUCCAAACAUUUAA